GGAGUGCGGACGCUCUCUUCGCACAUGUGCAACAUAAUGUCCAAAUAACCUUCGCAUGAAUCAAAGGUGUUUAACAUGCAGGCGGCAAUGGACAUUACAACCAAAUACUGCCAGAAGGAGCUGGAAGAAUAUGGUGCCUGUGUUGCAUCCAAUCCAACAUCAUGGCAACAGAAGUGUCAAGACCUAAAACUGAAGGUGGCACAGUGCACUUCAUCACAUCCAGUGAUAAGAAAGAUCCAAACAGACUGUGCUGGUGAGUUUUCAGUGUUUGAACGGUGUCUACGAGAGAACCAGAGCUCUGUUGAAACAUGCCAACCUCAUGUCGCCCGUUUCCUGGCCUGUGCUGAGACCGUGGACCUUUCAGACACAAAUACUGCACCUCAACCCACGUAGAUGCCUGCCAUUUGUCACUGUUCUGUCUAAUGAAGAGACAUCACAGAUGUUUUUAUACUUCAGUGCUGGAAGGAAAUGGGUUAUGGAAAUGUUUAUUAUUUUUGAAGAAUUGCAACACCAAGAAACCGGGACAAACAGACCUCACGUUUUGCUCACUUUUUCAAACUUGUUGUAAUUUAUUGUUCUUUUGUCAGGAUUUCAGUCUGUUUAUGUGAUAAAUCAUUUUUAAAAAGUUACAAUGAUAUGAAAUAAAAUAUGCUCAUUUCUAUUUUAUUUCUAUAGCUCCACCUGCCCUUUUGAACAUUAUGUUGUAUUACAGCAACAUGUUACCAUAGAGUAGAAUUUUAUAUCUUUUAAGGGUUGAAUCCUUAGAGAUAGUUCACCCAAAAAUUAACUCAUCAAUUACUCACCCUCACAUCAUCCCAGAUGUGAAUGUCUUUCUUUCUUCAGCUGAACAUAAACAAAGAUUUUUAGAAGAAUAUUUCAGCUCUGUAGGUCCAUACAGUGAAAGUGAAUGAUGACCAGGAAUUUGAAUGUCAAAAAGCAUAUAAAGGCAGCGUAAAUGUAAUGCAUGAGACUCCAGUGGUUUAAUCCAUGUCUUCAGAAGUGACAUGAUAGGUGUGGAUGAGAAACAGAUCAUUAUUCAAGUCCUUUUUUACUAUAAAUUCUCCACUUUCACAUUAUUCUUCUUUUUCAAAUUAUUUGUGCAUAUCGCACACCUACUGGGCAGGGAUGAGAAUUUAUAGUAAAAAUAAAUAAAUGUUGGUCUGUUUCUCACCCACUCCUAUCAUCACUUCUGAAGAUAUAGAUUAAACCACUGGAGUGGUUUUAUGCUGCCUUUAUGUGCUUUUGGAACUUCAAAGUUCUGGUCAUCGUUCACUUGCAUUGUAUGGACCUACAGAACUGAAAUAUUAUUCCAAAAAAUCUUUUUUUUAUGUUCUGCUGAAGAAUGAAAGUCAUAUACAUCUUUUUUUUGGAAUAAUAUUUCAGUUCUGUAGGUCCAUUGGUGGACAAAAAAACGAUGAUGGUAAACAAUCAACAGAUAUUUUUAUUUGUCCAUGAACAGGUAAUUUUGAGUAGAAAAUGAACUUCAGACUUCACAAAACAAGUUGCUAAUCGGAAAAACAAAAUCAACAAUAAAAUUGGUAUAAAUUAACUUGUAAACAGUGAAACUAUGCAAGCUUAAUUAUUCAAGUCCAGCGCAUGCUUCGAGAAGUUAAGUAAAAUGUACUUAUUUUAUUUACUUGUGCAGUUUACUCAAAUUAGCAAAUAAAUAUGACAAGGUUUUCUACUUUAGGAUUAAUGCAUGAUAAUGGAUUGUAAGGAUAACAAACAAUCAUAAAUAAUAGUUACUUAUAAGCUAGAGCAUUCAUUAUUACAUGUUGAAUUUAGUUCAAAUGUAGAAUUUACUUACUAUUUUCAAGUUCACACUUUAACUUAUUCGUUGUAGAAUUCAGUGUAGAAAGUACUUAAUAUUUUCUGCUUUAUUACGUCACCACAAAAUAUGUUUUUUCUGCCUUAUUAGUUCUUUUCUUAACACCUGUUUGUCAAUAUACACUGUAAACUAUUUGUGGUCCAUGAGACAAUUGCGUGUAAUGUGUAAAGUUUGAUUUUGAGUUAAUUUGAUCUAAUAUUUAAUAAUUUUUUAAGAUGUUAAAUAGCAAAUGAGAAUUUCUGAAUUUAUAAAAUUUAUUUUGAGACAAAAUACUUAUCAUUUUCAGAUUGUAUUUGGGGUAAAAAUUCCCCCUGUGUUUCAGGGGCUAAAGGCUAAAGAUUUUUUGAUGAAAAUGGUUUAAGUGGGUUCACUGACUGAUCCAAUCACAAUGACGAUUCAUUUGUUUAUAGAACAAUGAGAAAAAUGUCAUGAAAUGUCAAAUGUGAUUGAAAUGAACAGAACAUGUUUAUGCUGUUUCUCAAGUGGUUAUUAGGUAAUUUAUAAAGUUUUUAAAAUGUAUCAUCUUUGAACUCUUCCUAUUAAUUAUAAAAU